GUCUGUCGGCUGUCAGUUGGGGUCGGAGAGAAGCGCAAGAUGUCAGGCGUCUAAACCUCGGAACAUACGGGACAAACUGGGCUUUUAAAUCACACUGGACCGCCCUGAAAUGAAGUCUGGUGAUAACAACCAGACGGAGGAAGUUAAAGGAGCCAUGUUGACCAAGAGAGUCCGGUCGGAGUACAUGAAGAAGUUCAGGGAUCCUAAGUGGGAGACGUUUUCCAAAUGUUACGAGGACUCAGUGAAGUACCGCCUGACCCGGAGAGUCAUGGAGCAUUCCCACAAGUCCUGGUUCUUUGAGGGCUGGGACAACAGCUCCGAGUCCAGCGGCUGGUCCACGCCCAGGCCCAGCAGGAACAGAAUCGCCCCUCUGUCCCUCCCAAAGCAGAAGAUAUCCAGUCCUGGGACACAACUGCCGUCUGAGGACAGGGAGACGGAGGGGGGCGGCGGGGAGACGGUCGUUGACGCUGCUCCAGCUACAGCAGCGGUUGUAGUAAACGGUGUGAAUGGAUCCAGCUCGUUGUCUCCAGACACCAGCGGCCCCUCAGAGGUGGAGUCCCCGUCAGACCCCGGCCCCGCUGACACCACCUCUUCUGACGGGGAGCCGGUCCUCCCGCCGCCCAGGAGACGCCUCCGCCGCCGAACCCCCCGCUCAGAGACCCCCCACCGGGACAGCUCCCUGGAGGAGAAGCCCGCCGUGCUCAGGAAACCCCCGAGAGCCAAGAGCACCCCGGCCCUCUGCAGCAAGGAGAGCCUGAGAGCGUCCGGAAGACUGGACUGGAGCGAGAGACAGGGGGAGGAACGUAGGGCGAGGAACAACAGCCGCACGUCUGACGCCUGCGUACAGACCACCCGGCGGGCGUCCGAUAAGAAGAACUCGAACCCUGAGCGGCGCCGCGCUCGAUCCGCCGACCUGGAGAAGACGAGGCGCUCGCAGCUGAGCGUGGCGGGCGACCGCUGGGUGACGGAGUACAUGCGCUGCUUCUCCGCCCGGCUCAGGUAGAAAAGAAGACUCUGAAAACCACGUUCCCUUUCUGAAGAGCAAACAUCAGACUCUCUGAGCACCAUGAGGUCUCAGUGCAGAGGAGUCACUGAGAGAGAAGCUCUGCUGUCAGGGGGAACACACUGAAUUUAGACUGUCAUUUCUUCGUUAAACACUCACACUCUGAAUCUACGGUAUAUUCAAGAUUCAAGGCUUUUAUUCUCAUGUGAGCUGCAGUGUAGAUAUGACAAUGAAACUCUGAGGUCACAGGCUCCUCCUACAGAGCAACACAAUAACACAGAUACAAUAGUGCAAGUAAAUAACAACAUUGAAUAUAGUAGAAAUAGUGCAGAAUAGUCUAUAAGUCAUUGGAAUAUUGAUAUAUAUGAGUUGCAAACAGAUGGAUGUUCUUUCAUCGGUAAACACUCACACAAUCUGAAUCUACGGUAUAUAUUGUCCUUUACUUGCAGGUUGUGUAAUCUUAAAUCUAAAAGACAUUGAACAAACUAUGAAACAUGACGGGCACUAGAGAGUACACUCUUUGGAGUGGGGUUUAGACAUGAAGUGAAUCCACAUUGACAUUAAGUACGGCUCACAUAAGAGACAUUUAUAUUAGGGCUGUGCGAUUAUGGCAAAAAUCAUAAUCACGAUUAUUUUGGUCAAUAAUUGAUAUCACGAUUAUUAAAUACGAUUAUUCAUUAACUUUGAAAACAUCCAUUUAUUGAACUUUAAAACAAAUACAAAUAAUCAUUUCAACAGUAUGUUUCUAACUGCUAAUCACCCUGAACGUAUAAUUCAACUGAAAAACCAAUACAAAAAUAAAUUAUACAUUUAUAUAUACAUUUAAAUAAAUAUCAAAAUAAUAUAUACCAAUAUAUAUUUUGGAGCGCACUUCCACAAGAUACUACAUAUAUAUAAAUAUGAUAAAUACAAAUAAAUUAGAUCAAAUAUGUUCACAACCUAGCAAAGCUAAAUAAUUGUUUUUUUCGAUUGUGUUGUUUUCGUAAUUGUGGCAGGCCAACAUCGUAAUUGCGAUUAAAAUGUGAUUAAUUGCUCAGCCCUAAUUUAUAUAAUACAACAUUUUUAUAUAAUACAAAAAAAAAUGUUUUUACCAAAUACCUCCAUUUUGGGAUGAAUAAUGUAGACUCGUCACGCUUUCAGAAAAAGGUCACAUAAGAAUUUUGAUAAAUAAUCAUCUUUAAAGUGGAAGUAAAGGCGAAUAAGAGAACUGCCAGAACAGCUGGGUUGAAUUAAGAAAAAAACUGUAACUCUUUCUUAAAAGACACAAUACAAUAAUACGAUAUCAGAAAUGUAAUUCUAUCUACUCUCCUAUCACGGUAUUGUUAAAAUGUGUCCUAAAAACACUACAGCUCCACUACAACCUCUUUCCGCUUCUUUAAACAUCUUUAAACUAUGUAUUUUAAUUACUAAGUCAAUAUUUCCUAAAUGAAAUGCACUCUAUAGAUAGUUUGCGGUAGUAUGCCCUCUGCUGUCCCCUCCCUGUCAUGUUUACAGGACUCACUGAUAAACCCUGGGCUGAGUCUUGACUGUUCUACUUAAAAUGUCCUUAUUUAUGAUUCAUUGGAAGAAAAAGUCUUUAAAUGUGUGUGUGUUUCACCUGGCAGCCGUGAAACAACCUGAACUGAUGGACUGAAGGAUAUGUUGCUGUAGACGCUGUUUGAUAAUGAGCAAACAUCAGAGAAUUCAUGAUUUACAAGCUUUCUUUAAAGAAAUCACGGAUCACCGUUUGAAUGUAUUUAUUUAUGAGCACGCAUGUCUCCGCUGUUCUCUCGCAGUGUGUGUGUGUGUGUGUGUGUGUGUGUGUGUGUGUGUGUGUGUGUGUGUGUGUGUGUGUGUGUGUGUGUGUGUGUGUGUGUGUGUGUGUGUGUGUGUGUGUGUGUGUGUGUGUGUGUGUGUGUGUGUGUGUGUGUGUGUGUGUGUGUGUGUGUGUGUGUGUGUGUGUGUUUUAAACUCUUAAGGCAGCAGAAACGGACCAAACUAAAGUAUUUUUUAUAUUUGACUAUUUUGGAUCUCAAGUGUAGAUUAGGAUAAACUACAUAGAAACAAGAUUUUAUCAAAUAGAAUAUUAAAAGUAUUUUCUGAGGAGAAACUAGAUUCAAGAUGCGCUGCCUUUAUUAUAACCUCUUGUUUAAAUGUGUUUCUCUUCAUUAAGAUUUAAAUUAGGAAUAAUGGUGCUUUCUCUUUUACGGCAGAGACAAAACCUAACCCUCUUCAUUCAAUAAAGAUUAAAUAUAUCGUAUAGAUUAAAUUAUGAGGUAUUAGCUCAACUUCUUGUGGGUGAUGAUGCAAAAAUAAACACUUAAUUCAAUUUAUUUUACUUUAGUCAACAUUUUACAUCAUAAAUAUGUAAGAAUAAUAACAAUGCCACUAUAAUAUAAUGUCAUAAAUAAUAAAUACACGUAAUAAACAAGUCGUAAAGGCACUAUGUCCAACUAAAACUGUAGUUAUUCAUUCAUCCCUUUCUUUAAAAAAGAGACACACACUCAGACACACACACACA